AUCGAGGCCGUCAACAUGGCGAGCGCCUCGUACCACAUUUCCAAUCUGCUGGAAAAAAUGACAUCCAGUGACAAGGACUUCAGGUUUAUGGCUACAAAUGAUUUGAUGACAGAACUGCAGAAAGACUCCAUCAAGUUGGAUGAUGAUAGUGAAAGGAAAGUAGUGAAAAUGAUUUUGAAAUUACUGGAAGAUAAAAAUGGAGAGGUACAGAAUUUAGCUGUCAAAUGCCUUGGCCCCUUAGUGAGUAAAGUGAAAGAAUACCAAGUAGAGACCAUUGUAGAUACCCUCUGUACAAACAUGCUUUCUGAUAAAGAACAGCUUCGAGAUAUUUCAAGUAUUGGCCUUAAAACAGUAAUUGGAGAACUUCCUCCAGCUUCCAGUGGCUCCGCAUUAGCUGCUAAUGUAUGUAAAAAGAUUACUGGACGUCUUACCAGUGCAAUAGCAAAGCAGGAAGAUGUCUCUGUUCAACUAGAAGCCUUGGAUAUUAUGGCUGAUAUGUUGAGCAGGCAAGGAGGACUUCUUGUUAAUUUCCAUCCUUCAAUUCUGACCUGUCUACUCCCCCAGUUGACCAGCCCUAGACUUGCAGUAAGGAAAAGAACCAUUAUUGCUCUUGGCCAUCUGGUUAUGAGCUGUGGAAAUAUAGUUUUUGUAGAUCUUAUUGAACACCUUUUGUCAGAGUUGUCCAAAAAUGAUUCCAUGUCAACAACAAGAACCUACAUACAAUGUAUUGCUGCUAUUAGUAGGCAAGCUGGUCAUAGAAUAGGUGAAUACCUUGAGAAGAUAAUUCCUUUGGUGGUAAAAUUUUGUAAUGUAGAUGAUGAUGAAUUAAGAGAAUACUGCAUUCAAGCCUUUGAAUCAUUUGUGAGAAGAUGUCCUAAGGAAGUAUAUCCUCAUGUUUCUACCAUUAUAAAUAUUUGUCUUAAAUAUCUCACCUAUGACCCGAAUUAUAAUUAUGAUGAUGAAGAUGAAGAUGAAAAUGCCAUGGAUGCUGAUGGUGGUGAUGAUGAUGACCAAGGGAGUGAUGAUGAAUACAGUGAUGAUGACGACAUGAGCUGGAAAGUGAGGCGUGCAGCUGCUAAAUGCCUGGAUGCUGUGGUUAGCACAAGGCAUGAAAUGCUUCCAGAAUUCUACAAGACUGUCUCCCCUGCAUUGAUAUCCAGAUUUAAAGAGCGAGAAGAGAAUGUAAAGGCAGAUGUUUUUCAUGCGUAUCUUUCCCUUUUGAAGCAAACUCGUCCUGUGCAAAGUUGGCUCUGUGACCCUGAUGCAAUGGAACAGGGAGAGACGCCUUUGACAAUGCUUCAGAGUCAGGUUCCCAACAUUGUUAAAGCUCUGCACAAACAGAUGAAAGAAAAAAGCGUGAAGACCCGACAGUGUUGUUUUAACAUGUUAACUGAACUGGUAAAUGUAUUACCUGGGGCCCUAACGCAGCACAUCCCUGUUCUUGUACCAGGAAUCAUUUUCUCAUUGAAUGAUAAGUCAAGCUCAUCAAAUUUGAAGAUCGAUGCUUUGUCGUGUCUGUAUGUAAUCCUCUGUAACCACUCUCCUCAAGUCUUCCAUCCUCAUGUUCAGGCUCUGGUCCCUCCAGUGGUGGCUUGUGUUGGAGACCCAUUUUACAAGAUUACAUCUGAAGCACUUCUUGUUACCCAACAGCUUGUCAAAGUAAUUCGUCCCUUAGAUCAGCCUUCCUCGUUUGACGCAACUCCUUACAUCAAAGAUCUAUUUACCUGUACCAUUAAGAGGUUAAAAGCAGCUGAUAUUGAUCAGGAAGUCAAAGAAAGGGCUAUUUCCUGUAUGGGACAAAUUAUUUGCAACCUUGGAGACAAUUUGGGUUCUGACUUGCCUAAUACACUUCAGAUUUUCUUGGAGAGACUGAAGAAUGAAAUUACAAGGUUAACUACAGUGAAGGCGUUGACACUGAUUGCUGGGUCACCUUUGAAGAUAGAUUUGAGGCCUGUCCUGGGAGAAGGGGUUCCCAUCCUUGCUUCAUUUCUCAGGAAAAACCAGAGAGCUUUGAAACUGGGUACUCUUUCUGCCCUAGAUAUUCUCAUUAAAAACUAUAGUGACAGCUUGACAGCUGCCAUGAUUGAUGCAGUUCUAGAUGAGCUCCCACCUCUUAUCAGUGAAAGUGAUAUGCAUGUUUCACAGAUGGCUAUCAGCUUUCUUACCACGCUGGCAAAAGUGUAUCCCUCCUCCCUUUCAAAGAUAAGUGGAUCCAUUCUCAAUGAACUCAUUGGACUUGUGAGAUCACCGUUAUUGCAGGGGGGUGCUCUCAGCGCCAUGCUAGACUUUUUCCAGGCUCUGGUUGUCACUGGAACAAAUAACCUAGGAUACAUGGAUUUGUUGCGCAUGCUGACUGGUCCGGUUUAUUCUCAGAGCACAGCUCUUACUCACAAGCAGUCUUAUUAUUCCAUUGCCAAAUGUGUAGCUGCCCUUACUCGAGCGUGUCCUAAAGAAGGACCAGCUGUAGUAGGUCAGUUUAUUCAAGAUGUCAAGAACUCAAGGUCUACAGAUUCUAUUCGUCUGUUAGCUCUGCUUUCUCUUGGAGAAGUUGGGCAUCAUAUUGACUUAAGUGGGCAGCUGGAACUAAAAUCUGUAAUAUUAGAAGCCUUCUCGUCUCCUAGUGAAGAAGUCAAAUCAGCUGCAUCUUAUGCAUUAGGCAGUAUUAGUGUGGGCAACCUUCCUGAAUAUCUACCAUUUGUCUUACAAGAAAUAACCAGUCAACCCAAAAGGCAGUAUCUUCUGCUUCAUUCCUUGAAGGAAAUUAUUAGCUCUGCAUCAGUGGUGGGCCUUAAACCAUAUGUUGAAAACAUCUGGGCUUUACUGCUAAAGCACUGUGAGUGUGCAGAAGAAGGAACCAGAAAUGUUGUUGCUGAAUGUCUAGGCAAACUCACUCUAAUUGAUCCAGAAACUCUCCUUCCACGGCUUAAGGGGUACUUGAUAUCAGGCUCAUCAUAUGCCCGAAGCUCAGUGGUUACAGCUGUAAAGUUUACUAUUUCUGAUCAUCCACAACCUAUUGAUCCACUACUAAAGAACUGUAUAGGUGACUUCCUGAAAACAUUGGAAGACCCAGAUUUGAAUGUUAGAAGAGUAGCCUUGGUCACAUUCAAUUCAGCAGCACAUAAUAAGCCAUCCUUAAUAAGGGAUCUUCUAGAUACUGUUCUUCCACAUCUUUACAAUGAAACAAAAGUUAGAAAGGAGCUUAUAAGAGAGGUAGAGAUGGGGCCAUUUAAGCAUACAGUUGAUGAUGGCUUGGAUAUUCGAAAGGCAGCUUUCGAGUGUAUGUACACACUUCUAGACAGUUGUCUUGAUAGACUAGAUAUCUUUGAAUUCCUAAAUCAUGUUGAAGAUGGUUUGAAGGACCAUUAUGAUAUUAAGAUGUUAACAUUUUUAAUGUUGGUGAGACUCUCCACGCUUUGUCCAAGUGCAGUACUGCAGAGGUUGGACCGGCUUGUUGAGCCAUUACGUGCCACAUGUACAACUAAGGUAAAGGCAAACUCAGUAAAGCAGGAGUUUGAAAAGCAAGAUGAACUAAAGCGAUCUGCCAUGAGAGCAGUAGCAGCACUACUAACCAUUCCAGAAGCAGAGAAGAGUCCACUGAUGAGUGAAUUCCAGUCACAGAUCAGUUCUAACCCUGAGCUGGCAGCCAUCUUUGAAAGUAUCCAAAAAGAUUCAUCAUCCACUAACUUGGAGUCAAUGGACACUAGUUAGAUGUUUGUUCAACACGGGGACCAGACAUUGACCAUGAUGCACUGAAUCAACAGGUUAUUACUCAUAUGACGUGGAAAAGGAAGUGUUUAAAAGCUUCAAAAUGUUCCACUUUUGUUUUCCUUCAUGAAGACAGUUUGGCUUUCUUCCACUUUUGUUUUUGUAACAUUUGUUUCAGAAAUAUGUAUUUCCAUAAUCCAGAGGUUGUAAAACCACUAAUGUUUUAGUGGUUAGGACAACAUUUAAAAUGGAAACUAAAAGUUAGGAUUUAUGGAAUAUGGAGAUAGGGUCCAGGAUCAUUUGCCCUGUAAUGUUUAGGAUUAAAAUGUUAAAAUUUUGUGACCAUGAA